GACGGACAGAGGAAGGAAGCUGCUGAUCAUCACGGGUGGUUCUGUUGGCGUGGGCCGCCCACAGGAGCCGUUUUGGGGAAGAGAUUACUGUAUUACUGUAUAUGAGCUUAUUGUCAGGCCAAGUUUACUGUUGUUCCCGGAGCAGCAUGUGACUGUCGGUAAGAGACCGAAGCUGGAGCUUUAACCGGGGUCUCCUGGCUCCUCUCACUGCGCUCACGCCAAGUUUUGUGGGAAAGUUACGCGUCAGAUUCUUCUGAGAUGUUCUGGUUCAUGCAGGGUCUGUGCGCCCUGCCAGCCUUUCUGGUCGUCUGGUCCUCCUGCACUUUCAUUAUUUCCUACCUUAUUGCGCUUUUCAGACAAGAUGUCGACGUCCUCUUCCCCUAUAUAAGUGACACAGGUGCAAACCCUCCAGAAAGCUGCAUUUUCGGCCUGAUGGCGUUCAUUUCUGCAUGUGCAGGAAUAGGCACCAUUUAUGCCAGGUACAAGUUUGUAGACAAGCUGAGCGAGGACAACGGCGUGGUGAAACCCAGUCUCAAUCAAGCCGCCCUCGGUCUCGGGAUGAUCUCCUGUCUGGGCAUGUGCAUCGUUGCUACUUUCCAGGAAACAACAGUGACAAUAGUUCAUGAUAUCGGAGCGAUGCUGUUCUUUGUCUCUGGUGUUUCGUACAUAAUCCUCCAGACUGUUAUAUCAUAUAAAGCCUCUCCAUUUGGCUCCUCCAUGAGUGUGUUUUGGGCUCGUGCAUUCAUCGCCUUGAUCGCUACUUUGGCAUUUUUCCCAACUGUCAUCUGUGCAUUUUUUGUGCAACAAACUGAACUUCACCAUCACAAGGAAGACCAGGACUAUCCCUACCAUGUGGCCAGCGCUGUAUGCGAGUGGAUUGUUGCCUUCAGCUUCGUCUGCUUCUUCCUCACCUACAUUCAUGACUUCAAAAUGUUUACGUUACAGGUGAGGACAGAGUAUGCGGAUUAGGCUUGAGCAUUUUCGCAGCUUCCAACAGGAUUAGGAUGAAUAUCAGCAUUUUAUACACAUUUGCUUUUCAUGGAUGUAUUUUUCACAGCUCUGUAUUUUUGCCACCUGAAUGAAGCUUUUGCUAGAAUCCAGUUAAAUACUUUAUUUAUACAUUUUGCAUAUCUGCCUGUCAGUCAGCUGUGUCUAAAGGACAAUGCAAAAACAACCAGAAGUUUGUAUCUUUAUACUUUUUUAUGUCCUCUAAGUGUACUUACUGUUGCCUGUGUGCGGUCAAACGCCACUUUGCACUUUGCUCAGCUGUUGCCACACCAGCGUGACACAGAUCCUGUCAGACCUGUGACCAUUAAUAAGAGAAGUUCAUCACACAGUCAACACAUGAUCACUGUUCAGGAGGUUAGAUGCCCAACAAAGCUAAAGACUAUGUUUGUGGGUACUCUACUCAGUCUGCUCUUUCCAUGUCACCCUGACAAUGGUUGUAUUUUAGAACUUUCCAUUAGUUUUUUUCUUUGGAAAUCUUUCAUUUGUUGGUGCUCCAGUUGACAUUUUCAGUUCUGGUGCUUACCGUUUACUGGUACCAGCUGAUGCCUCCACACGGUUCGACAGUGCAGCUACAGAUGUGUCGUAAACAGCUCAUGCAAUGGGAAUUACCCUCCUUAGUUAAUUAGUUUCCUCGGUACGACUGCCAAAUUGAAUUACAGUAAUAAAAUAAGCAGGAACUGUAGCUUAAGCAGGCUUUAUGGCAGAUAAACGAAGUCUGUCUUCGUCAGUCUUCAAGCAGUGGCUCCACCUGCAUCCCCUUUGACCAAAUCAUCUAGUUGUCACAUGGCUUUAAGAUGAGAAAGAAUUUAUUGAUCCGGAAGGAAAUUCUGGGGUCAGACAUUGCUCAGAAAAAAAAAAAAGGACAAACACAAUGCCUAAAAAAAAAUAAACUGUAUUCUCAGUUUUGAGCAGUUAACCACAACUACUUCUCAGAUUCUUGAAUUUGUAGAAUUUUUGGAGACCCACAGCCAUAUUUCACAGGAAAAUAACCUGAAUUUCCGAUAUUCUAACAGCAGGAUUGCUUAUUUUGUAUACCAUCUAUUAAUCUACCUUCUGACCUCAUAGAUGUUUACGGAAUAUCGACCCUGCCUGUGUUUUGAGAACCACCACUUUAGAUCAAUCUGCCGGUAUUGUAGCCGCUGUUUUGCUAUGAAACAAGUACAAAUGACAGGAGACACUAGAAGAAAAAAGGGUACGAGGAAGGGGAUUAAUACAUGAAACUCACUUGACAUUGCCUAAGAGAAUACAAAGAAAUACUGUCAGGCUGCUUAAGAGGUUAAUUACCUUUAACAUGCCGGGAGAUAAGGAAUGUCAGGUCAACAUGCUGAGAGAAGUUUUUGUGUUAAAGUGUUGCGAUUAAAAUGCAGAUAUUACACUUAAACUGAAGUACUGGCUGAUAAACAAAGGAUCAGAGGCCAGUAGUUUUGUAUGAUCUCUGUGCCGUAAUGUAUAUAUGCAUCGAUGAAUACAGGUUAUUGACCUUUUCACUACAGAUACUGGAUUUACAAGGGAGAGUUUCACUGAAUGACUUUUGUACUUGUGACAUCAUGUACUGUACAGAUUAUUUCCUGCUCAUGAGUCGAAAAAUAAAUAUGCUUUUUUUUAAAAAAAAAAA